ACACAUGUCGCGUCACUAGUAUGCGCCGGGCGGAGAGUCACAAAAGGAGGUUGUGGUGAUAGUGGGAAGACUUACCUGAGAAGUCGGGAGAGGAAGUCAUCAUAUAUAACAUUUUAACGCUGCCGUUUCUGUCAGUGUCUAAUUUUCAUUCGGAAUGCUCGUCUCCCCUGCACGCGUUGAUCAAAACCAUGUGUAGCUGCUCUGCGUAUUUAUAUCAUGGUGUUGUUGCUAUGCGGUGUAACGUUACCCGCCGUUAGCAACGGGGCACACUCACGUUACAGCCACAAACUGCAGGACACACUCUUGCAAACACCCCUGGCUGGUUUACGGUGGCUGUAGACAAGUCAAGCCGUGGGUGUUGAUGCUUCUCCGGGGCCUGAGUCAGCUGCUGUCGUUUUAAGAGUGGAGUUAAAGCCCAGUCAGAUACCAGACAACUCACAGUGAGGAGUAACCUCGUCUGCAGAGAAAAUAAACAACACCUGCUCCGUAAGUUUGUUUACCUUCUGUCUCAUUUUAGCUUCACUGUUUAAAUGUGCUACAGUGUGUUUGAUAUGUCUUAAAUCAGUGUUAGCUGGUCCUCUCUGAGGCACAGCUGGUGUACAGCGUAAGUGCUCAUACACUUUAAGUCUGCUUUUUCAUCUGCAGGACUAUCACAUUCAAAUAAAAGUUACCUUUAUUCUUGUUUAUGCUAGAGCCAUUUACGUAUUCACUUGUGUAAAAAGAUGAGAUCUUGUCCACCCACCCGACAGCAGUGCAACAGAGAGACAACAAAAUGCACUCACUACAUUAGUAAAGCUGAGCGACCUAGCCCUGCUAUACUCAUACAAAGCUUCUACAUGUCUAUUUUUUGUUUAUGUGGUCACACUAUUGAUAAUUGUUCUUCAAAAUAAUAUUGAAGUUGUGAGUGUUGGUGGUGUACUGAAGUACAUCAUUGAAGUGGACAAGUAAGGUGGCCGAGAACUGCCACUGCUGCAAUUAAUAAAUAAUAAUAAAUAAUAAAUUAAGAAAAAAAAAGAAGCCACACCGAAAGUUAACAAUGCAAAAAAAAAAAGAAAGAAAAGAAACUGAAAUGGGGCAGAUAAAAAAACGUAAGUUAACGGCGCAAAAGAAAGUGGCUUACACUAAUGCAUCAUCAUUAUUGAUCCCCAGCAGCUCACUUCAGUUGUGGCCUUUUUUUUUUUGCAUCCUUUUAUUUUCGCAGUAAGUAACUUUUUUUUCCCAUCGCCUCUUUUUUUUCGCGUCAGUAACUACCAUUGUGGCUUGUUUUUUAUCUGCACCAUUUCUUUUUUUUUUUUUUUUUGCACUCUUUUUUAUUUGCAGCAGUGGCAGUUCUCGGCCACCUUACACAAGAUAUUCCUUUUUUCAAUAAUGAAUAUAAAGUACAAUAAGUGACUGUCUGAUCAUGUCAGCAAAAACUGAGAAUGUAGUGUCUUCCUGGUGGAAGAAUUUGUGGAAGAGCUCAUGUAUUGCGCUAGAUUGCCCAGGUGUUCAUAUUGUUUAGGCAGGUCAGUAUAUAUGGCCAUUUUAUUUAGUCCUCAAUCGAAAACUUCAACAUUCCUAGCAUUGGGCCAGGGUAUCGUAAACCUGAAAGCAGGUCAGCAGUAUUAGACAACUCUUUUUGGAAAAAAUGGACACUGCUUAGUCCGAAAAGGUCAACUUUGGUUCCAAGAAAAAAAAAAAAAAAAAAGAUAAAUGAAAAGGUAAAAACAAGGUUACAAGAAUAAACAUAGAAAUAUAUUUAUACUAUAAAUGGAUAACAUUAGAAAAAUAAUUGCAUUGUGCAGUGAAAGCAAAAAACACAAGUCGGAAUUGGUUUGGGAAAUUUUUUGUUUCCUACAAAACAACACAAACAUCCUCCCAUAAUUAUGCAAUUAAAAAAUGAUGAGCUAGUUAUUAAGCCAUUACAGAGCUUGAUAACAAGCUGACCAUUUAAAUCAGGUGUGUUGGAGCAGGGAAACAACCAAAACAUGCAGGACAGGGGGGGCUUGAGGACUGGACUUAAGAACCACUGCACUAGAGGAUGAAUAUUUAAUAGAAGUUCACUGUGAAAUCUGCACUGUGUUUUCUUCAUGUCAGUGACGUUUUUAUUGAUGGUUUAUUUUCAUGACUCUCUCAAUACAGGGCUCAACUCAGAUGGAAGACAAAUUCACAGCGACUAUGCCUUCGGUGGGACAGUGAAUGUAAAUUUGGUAGCCAUGGCUUCCCGCAGGGUAGAAGAGCUACCAAAUGACUCCAAGGAUGUGGCCUCAGCUUCUGAACAGCUUCCCGGCUGUGGCCCCGAUGACAUCACAGAGGAGCUGCAGUUAGAAACAGUGAACGCUGCGGCGAAAUCCCAGAAAUCUGGAAAAUUUCGAAGGACUGCCCUGACAUUUUUCGGAGUUCGGAAAAGCAUCUGUAUUUUACCAAGUUUUUUUGGAGGGCGGAGUAAAAAUCCGAGCAAGUGGUCUUCUAAGAAAGGGUUUCCCAAAAGCAAAACACACGAUGGGUUGAGUAAAGUUAGUUACGAUGACAAUCUGCGAGGUGGCUAUGCCUCAGUUGGAGAUUUUGAGUAUCACAGCCGGACGGAACCAGGUGGAGAUCCCCGAAGUGGCUGCCACCAUGAAUGUAGUUUUCCUGCUGCUGAGCAGAAGUCACUGAGUCUCACCCGGCAGAAAAAGGGUUUGAGGGGUCUUUUUAACAGCUUCAGGCAUCACAGAAACCACAGACAUGCUGGCGUGGAUAAAACUGAAAUGAUUGCCAUGACCUCUCCUCAGUGCAAGAAUGAGGUGCCUGUUGUCCCCGACAACGCAAACCAGUUUGUCAGAGAGUGCCUCGGAUCUGAACCGGAUGUGCCUGAUUUAGCAGAUGUUAUAUGCGAUGUCUCUAUUGAUACUGAAUCUAUCCAUAGUGCUGCUGUAAUGGACUCAGAAAAGAGUGUGAUGCAAGAAAGUCCCAAAUCUGAACUGGAUGAUCAGUUGUGUGAAGAGCAAACGGUGGAGAUGAAUUUGGUGGCUGUAGUGUCUGGUGAAUUUGACGAGAGUUUGAGAGUGAGCAGUGAGCCUUGCCUGAAAGUUAAGAUGAUGUCUGAGCCAACACUUAAGUCUGAAACUCCUGCGGGGUCAUCAGAUCAGCUGAACAUGAUGUUUGGAGAUGUUGCAUCACUGAAAAGCUUUGAUUCUCUCACCGGAUGUGGGGACAUCAUUGCAGAUCAAGAAGAUGACAGCAUCACUGAGAGCACCGUUUCUGGAGAGAGGAGCAGAAACGGAGGAAAGCGGGCCUCUUGUUAUCUGACGUACCAGGGAGGAGGAGAAGAAAUGGCCUCACCAGAAGAUUUAGGUGAGGAGUGUCUUCAUGAUUUCUGGGGGAAUAAUGCAUCCGAAGAGGCGUGCUAUACCUACAAUCAAGACCACGCAGAUCUGACUGCGGAUCUGACAAGUUCUCACAAUCUGGAUUUACUAAACAGUAACAGUGUGCAGCAAGCUAGUGGCAUGGACACUUCUUCAAUGGCUGAUGUGCUAACUCCUCAAGAUGAGCAUCAAGAAUCAGUGCCAAAUAGUGACGAGGGGUACUAUGAUUCAACCACCCCAGGGCAUGAUGAAGGACAAGAGAAGACAGACAGACUGAGGACAGAUAGAUUACCCAGAGACAGCUACAGCGGGGAUGCCCUCUAUGAACUUUUUGCGCCUGAUGAGAGUCUCAUCAGUCCACAGUAUGAAGGCAAAUCAAAGCUGCCCAGCUCACAACAGUGCGAGUAUUUAAGCGAGCCAGUCGGUGUGAAUGAUGGUGCUUUUGUUUCAGAGAUGAAUCAGUUACAAAUAGGUGCUGAGCUGUACAAAGUUGAUGACUUUCUGGACAUGCCAGGCACAUGCAGUAAAUCCCCUGAGCUGGCACAGGAUGUGGUUGGUCGGCAGGAAAUUGGCACAAAUCUAAACUGUAAUAUGAAUUCGAUCCCACAAGCAUCAGUCAACAAGAAUGAUACAGAGCCGGAUACAUUUAAUGAAAAAGAAAAUAUGUCUGCUUCCACUGACAAAAAAACUAAAUCCAUAAAUGCAGAUAGUGAAAAAAGGCACAGUAGUAUAUCAUUUGGAAGCACAUCUGACCCAGAUUUUGAAACCUUUUGUGAACCCAAAGAGCAGCAUCUUGAGGAAAACAAGCCUGUGGCUUUACCAUACAGAAAUAUCAAUUCUCAGUCUCCAGAUUGUAACAAUGAUCUGGAUGAUGAGCAAACUGUGAGUUUCUCUCAAGCACUUGUGGACUACACAAAACACUCUGAGAUGCUGAGUAACUUGCACAGCAAUGUGGAUGAUUUGGAGACAGAGUCUGCCUUCACUCCAAACAUGGAGGCCUUACCCACUAUAGUCACGUUUGAUGUAGUAGACAUGCAUAAUGAGGGGGAGUACGAUGAGCAGAUUCAAAUGGAACUAGGGGAGGACAUAUCAUCACCCUAUCAGGAGUUUGAAGAAAGCUACUUACAAAAAGAUGCAUUUGCUGAAUGUGACUAUCAGAUGUUGGAUCUCUAUGAGCAGAACCUGAUCAGUAACACAUGGGCGAUCGCUAGUCUCCCCCGGCACCUUGGCCUUACAAGAGUCAGUCAGUCCAUGCCUAAUCCGUUGUCUCUUGACAGGAGAAGCCGGUCUCUGGACACAGAAAGCCUUGAGUUGAAUACGCCUGAGAAGUACAGACAGAACAAAGCUGCUAUCAUUUCUUGUCCUGAGAAAGACUCUGAAAGAGAUUCUUCAACGUAUUACAAAAAGAAUGUACUUGUGUCUGCAUCCGAGUUGAGAGACAGUAGCAGCAUUAUGGCCUUAUCAUGGCAAACAAGGUCAGAAAUGGCUUUAAGCUUUCCUCUGGCUGACGAGAAAAUCACGGAAAAAGUACAGAGUCCCAGUCAAACACAAGUGAAACACAAGAUACCUUCAAGUUCAUCCUGCAGUAAAUCACAGCAUCCAUGCUUUAAUGUGUCUUGUGAUGGAACUUCACUGAAUGCAGAGCUUUACAACAGGCAGUGCCACCUUCCUCUACAAUCAGAGUCUUGUUUACCUCAUAGCACCUUUGUUUACUCUGGAAUGAUGGAGGAUGUGUCAUGUGAUGUUGAUGAAGAUGUCUUUUGUACAGCUGCCACUAAUUUGCAGUCAUAUAAUCAGUGUGGUAAGAGCAGGCCGGUAGGCAGCAGGGAAGGAACAUCUCAUGCCGGGAGUCCUCUGAACAAGGGUGUGUUUAAAGAUGAAAUGGGCGUCCUUGGUGAAACAAAAGCACCCAGGGAUGUGGCUUGCACCAUUACGUGCAACAAGCUCCCCGAGGCUACCUAUAAUUAAAAGACUCUCAGUCAUACAAGUGAAGUUCAAGAUCACAUGUGUAUGUGCCAAUCAGUGCUUAUAUGUCGCAUCCACAAGAUUAAUUGUUGCUUAAUUUUUACAAGAAAAAUGGAUAUCCAAAACAAAACAAAAAAAAUGUAAUGUAGACUGAGAUGGACAGGACUGGAAAAACUAUUUUUAAAUGUAGUCUGCGCCAUCAAUCUGCAUUAGGAACAAUGCUUUUAUUGGGAGUUAAAAUAUAUUUCCAUUAUUUGCACAGAAGCUAUUGCUUACUUCAUAAACAAUCAUGCUAGUCCACUAAAAGCACAUAAGCAAGAAAAUGGCUUCAUAUGCUUUCUAGUUACUGACAGAUUCCUCUUUCUCAUUAAGCAAAUGAGUUUUACUAAGAUGUUACAAUACAUGUGUAGCCUCUGAAGCUUUUGUUUGAUACAUAUUUAUAAGCCGUGUUUCCAUAGAACAGCCAAACAGAGCUGGACCAGUCUUGUUUACCCCUGAACACAUGCACGCUUGUGCUUUAAGAGCUGGCUUAUGUUUGUGUUUACUGCUUAUUUGUAGCCUCUAUUUGCUCUAGUAAUGUUUAUACUGGCUUGUCAUGAUGCUCAGAUUUAGUGUGUCUGUUAGUUUACAUAAUUUUGGGCCAGAUUGGGUUCAGCUAACAAUAUGGGAAUAUCUCAGAAAGGCUGAGGGAAAUGCUACAUUCUCAGUACAAAUGAUGUCUCUUGAAGUUGAUACCCUCAUAGAGUGUAUUUUAUACAAAUUAAGCUGUUGCAUUUGACUUUAUCUCUAAAUAUUGAGCUGCUCAUGAUCAGCUGUCACUUAAUCUACACUCUGACAACUUCAACUGUACAGCGCAUUUCACACAGAGAUAUUCUUAAGGUGCUCCACACUAAAAAGCAGCCAGUCAAACAUCUAUAAAAUGAAAAAAAAGCUAGUGAAACCUUGUAGUGUCAGCCGGAUCCUUUUGAUCUGAUGGGCAAAUUUGGCCUUACUUCUUUGUCUUUUCUAUGGCCCUGUUUGAAAAAGGUUGACCAACCAUGGAGUGCAGAACAAUUCUGCUGACAUAUUGCACUCAAACAUUUAUUUUCUGUAAGCUGUUAGAACAAAAUGGUAGCUUUAUUUUGUCUGAAUUUCAAAAACAUGUCAAAAGAUGAACUGGAAUUUUCAACUUCUAUCAUGUCAUGUACAUUUAAUGUCUUAUCAAACUGGUUCAACUGUCUGGUGUCUUUUUUUAAAGUGUAAUGCUUAAAAAUGUCAAGGAAUUAGUAUUUAUAAUCUCCUUUGUUUGUACACUUUGGCAUUGUAUUCAAAACUGUUUUUAAAUUUGGCAAUAUCUUUGUCUUGAUUUGUCUUUUUUUUACUGUCUCAAAGUAAACACCAAUGCAACAUUUCAGUAUUUCUCUUGAAAAUCUGUUACAGUUUUGUCAAAGUAGAACACUGCCUUACACUAAAAUAAACAUGACAAAACGAACAA